UACCGCGGCAGCCGCAAUGUUAGCCACUCACCCAACCGCGCGCGAACCCCACAAUCGAGUCCUCCGCCGUCCCAGCAUUCCCUGCGCCCCACCAUCGAGAGCAGCUUCCGGCGUCGCUGGUGUAGGUGGGUGAAGAAGGAGCGGGCCGUCGGCGCUCUGUCUCACUCCCUCGCGCUCUCUCGGGCAACAUGGCGGGCGUGGAGGAGGCAGCGUCCUCCGGGAGCCACCUGAAUGGCGACCUGGAUCCAGACGACAGGGAGGAGGGAGCUGCCUCUACAGCCGAGGAGGCAGCCAAGAAAAAAAGACGAAAGAAGAAGAAGAGCAAAGGGGUUGCCACAGGGCAGCAGGAACCUGACAAAGAAUCAGGAGCUUCAGUUGAUGAGGUAGCAAGACAAUUGGAAAGACAAGCAUUGGAAGAGAAAGAAAAAGAUGAUGAUGAUGAAGAUGGAGAUGGAGAUGGAGAUGGCGAUGGAGACGGAGCAACUGGAAAGAAGAAGAAGAAGAAGAAGAAGAAGAGAGGACCAAAAGUUCAAACAGACCCUCCCUCAGUUCCAAUAUGUGACCUGUAUCCUAACGGUGUAUUUCCCAAAGGACAAGAGUGUGAAUACCCACCCACACAAGAUGGGCGAACAGCUGCUUGGAGAACUACAAGCGAAGAAAAGAAAGCAUUAGAUCAAGCUAGUGAAGAGAUUUGGAAUGAUUUUCGAGAAGCUGCGGAAGCACAUCGACAAGUUAGAAAAUAUGUUAUGAGCUGGAUCAAGCCUGGGAUGACAAUGAUAGAAAUCUGUGAAAAGUUGGAAGACUGUUCACGAAAGCUAAUAAAAGAGAAUGGAUUAAAUGCAGGAUUGGCAUUUCCUACUGGGUGUUCUCUCAAUAACUGUGCUGCCCAUUAUACUCCCAAUGCUGGUGACACAACAGUAUUACAAUAUGAUGAUAUCUGUAAGAUAGACUUUGGAACACAUAUAAGUGGUAGGAUUAUUGACUGUGCUUUUACUGUCACUUUUAAUCCCAAAUAUGAUACAUUAUUAAAAGCUGUAAAAGAUGCCACUAACACUGGAAUAAAGUGUGCUGGAAUUGAUGUCCGUCUCUGUGAUGUUGGUGAGGCCAUCCAAGAAGUUAUGGAAUCCUAUGAGGUUGAAAUAGAUGGGAAGACAUACCAAGUGAAACCAAUCCGUAAUCUAAAUGGACAUUCAAUUGGGCCAUAUAGAAUACAUGCUGGGAAAACAGUGCCCAUUGUAAAAGGAGGAGAGGCAACAAGAAUGGAGGAAGGAGAAGUAUAUGCCAUUGAAACCUUCGGUAGCACAGGGAAAGGCGUUGUUCAUGAUGAUAUGGAAUGUUCACAUUACAUGAAAAAUUUUGAUGUUGGACAUGUGCCAAUAAGGCUUCCAAGAACAAAACACUUGUUAAAUGUCAUCAAUGAAAACUUUGGCACCCUUGCCUUCUGCCGCAGAUGGUUGGAUCGCUUGGGAGAAAGUAAAUACUUGAUGGCUCUGAAGAAUUUGUGUGACUUGGGCAUUGUAGAUCCAUACCCACCAUUAUGUGACAUUAAGGGAUCAUAUACAGCGCAGUUUGAACAUACCAUACUGUUGCGUCCAACAUGUAAAGAAGUUGUCAGCAGAGGAGAUGACUAUUAAACUUAGUCCAAAGCCACCGCAACAUCUUUUAUUUUCUAAGCUUUGUUGGAAUACAUUAUACCAGAAAAAUUUGCAACAUGUUGUCUGUUUAACAGUGGACCUAUGUAAUGCUUUUAUCCAUGUUUAAAAAGGAAGGAAUUUGAUCAAAAGCAAGCCAUGUAAUGUAAUUAACCAAGGAAAAAGCUUUCAGGACUUCCAAAUGUUAACUGUUUUUCUCCUGUCUAGAAAAUGCUAUAACGUUGAGAUUAGUUAGGAAUGACAUACACGUUUUGUUUUGAACACCUAAGAGAUGCUUUUCAGGUAUUUAUAUUGCCAUAUUCUUAAUUGACUGCUUUGAAUGACUACAUCCAAUUCUGCACCUAUACCUUUGCUUUUUAACCUUCCUGGAAUCCAUUUUCUAAAAAAUAAAGACAUUUUCAGAUCUGA